AUGGACCUGAAGAUGCAUCUGACUCACUCACUGACCCUCCUCUUCCUCAGCCUCUCCGCCGCGCUCGGCUACAGGGCUCUGUGGCAGUUCCGGGCCAUGAUCCUGUGCACGGUCCCAGACAGCUGGCCGGUGCUGGACUACAGCGACUAUGGCUGCUACUGUGGACUGGGAGGAUCUGGGACUCCCGUGGACCAGCUGGACAGGUGUUGUCAGGUCCAUGACCAGUGCUUCAGCGAGGCCAUGCAGCACGACUCCUGCUGGCCCCUGUUGGACAACCCCUACACGGAGCUGUACCACUACAAGUGUGACAAGGCCAGCAAGACCAUCACGUGUCUGGAGAGGAACGACCCGUGCGAACGCUUCAUCUGCGAGUGCGACCGUCAGGCCGCCAUGUGCUUCGCCAAGGCCGACUACGACGCCGCCAACGCUCACCUGCCCAGUGACCGCUGCAGAUGAACCCCGAGCCUCGCCGCUGUUGAACCUGUUAUUUAUGAUCUUAAAUUAAAUGA